AUGUCGUCUUUAGAGGAGAUGUCUAUGUCUGCUACAGCCGCGGCCGAGCGGACGGUGGCGAGUCUUACAGAACGCUAUAGCGGACGUGUGCAGAUUCACCUGCAUGCAUCGUCGAGUUUGCCGUCGAGGCUCGUUUCUUGGAGCGGCGACGACACUUGGGAUGAUUUACCAGUAGCGCUCGUAUGGACGGUGGACUCGCUUAGGCUACUGCGAAGUUAUGGCGUGAUAGGAAGUUUUACGGGCACAUUAGCGCAGUUUGCGCAGCAAAAUGUGUUUUUGGGACUACCUGUACAGUUGAUGGCGGAAGAAGUGGUGUUUUUGGUACGACGAGCAUGUGCCGUUGUUAUUGAUGAAAGCGAAUCAUACCGCGCCAGCAGUGCACAAGAGAGGAACGAGGUAGACGCCAAGGUGCAGGAGGAUCGAGCUAGUCAACAACUCGGUGCUUGGUAUGAACGACAACAGCUGCGUGCGCAACAUUCAUCGCAUCCAAUCGAGCAAGAACCACAAUGGCAAGAGCUGCAAAAUCAGCCGUGGCACUACACGAUUCCGUCAAGAUCCACGUUUCCAUGGUACACACCAACAGCAUAUACGAAACUCUCGAAACUGCAGCGAGUAUUUGCGUUUCCUCGAUCAAGACACGAGAUGGAACGAUGUGCACUAUUCGACCACAUGCUCACCAACGGCAUGUGGUGCAUGAACGGUCUACGAUUCGGCGGAUCGCUAGCUGUCUACCCCGGCGACCCUCUUCGCUACCACAGCCACUACACAGCUCAACUGAUCGGCCAGAACAAUUGCAUCAGCAUCAUGUCUCUUGUCGCCAACGGACGGCUCGGUACGAGUGUGAAAAAAACGCACCUCCUAUGCUGUGUCGACGAAACCGACCGCACGUUGGACGACGAACUACGCACCAGAGAUCUGCAUCCCAGCCACAUCCCAACACCGUUGCAGUGCAUACUACAGGGCAACUUUGAUACAGCCCAACGCGCCGAAAACGACCCUACAUCAGCCGUCGAGCAGGAUCCAGAUGCAAAGCCCUCGACAUUCGCGCAUUUCAACGUGUUCAGUCUUGCGUGGGCCGGAUUCGGGACGUAA